AUGGCAGAGCUUGAAGACUGUCGGCCAGAGAUCGGCCAUUUGCUGUUUCGAGACUCAGGUCAGCCCGGUGUGGGCAGCAGCUGUCCUAUCUUCGCCAACGAACUAUUCCACGUCGGGCGUGAAUUGGUACAGCGAGCUCUAGGCGUCGAAGACCGUUGCAUAUCAAAGCAUCACUUGAAAAUUCACUGUGUCAAGUAUGAGGAUGAUGAUGAAAAGGUGGCUCCGAUGGUCUGGGCACGCGUCCUGUCAAACAAUGCCGUCAUCUUCCGCCGCAAUGGCUUGGACGAUGACGAUGGCGGCAUUCCCGUGUCCAGAGAACAUGGAGCAUUCCUUCUCAAUGGAGGCGAUUCCAUACAGCUGACCAGCAACAUCUGGUUCGAUUUUGAGCUCCCGGACGAUGGCCGUAGAUCCGAUCCCCCGCAGCUUGACUCAAGCCAGUGUGCAGAAAUUCCCAUCUUCGCUCACCGAUAUCGUCUGACGACACGCGUUUUGGGCUUUGGCGGAUACGCCGCAGUCUACGUUGCCAAUGAUGAGAGGACUGGCAAGCAAGUCGCUUGUAAAAUUGUCAAGCAGCCAGACAAUCUCGAUGAGGACCAUGAGCUGCGACGAACAUGUAAGGGGACCAAUGAGUCCGUUGCUCGAGAAUUUAACAUUCUCAAAGCACUUUCGCAUCCAAACAUCAUGACACUCGAAGCCGUAUUUUCAACUCCAUACAACGUCUACAUCUUUCAGGAUUUGAUCACUGGUGGAGACCUGAUGUCGAAUGUUCAGAGGACGGGCAGGCUUUCCGAGGUGCAGGCUGCAAUCAUUCUCCGACAAUUGCUGGAGGCGGUGAAGUAUCUUCAUGCAAACGGGAUCGUGCAUCGGGAUAUCAAGCCAGAGAACAUCUUGAUGACAUGCUGGAAGGAUGGUGGAAGAAUCGUGCUCACGGACUUUGGCCAAGCAAGGCCUAUUGUCGAUGACCAGAACGCAGGCAAGCAGGCCCGCAUGUUCCGCAUGCAAACACUUGUUGGCACUAUAGGCUACUGCGCGCCAGAAAUCGUGCGCCUUCGCAGACAAGCCUUGAAAGAUCGCGGCGAUUACUCGAAAGCCGUCGAUAUCUGGUCAGUUGGCUGCGUCGCUUGUGCAAUGCUCGGAACCGAUGUGCUCUUCCCAAAUGAUGGCCACGAUACCAUCUCGGACCUGACCAAGGAAGAGUAUGAAGAUCGCAUGUACACCUUCGAGUUCGGCGAGGACUGGGCGCACCUCGGUCGUCGAGCCAAAGACUUCAUCAAAGGUUGCCUCAAUUGGGACGAGGAGCACAGGCUCACCGCCAAGGAAGCUCUUGCCCACGAGUGGUUUACCCAUCGACACUAUCGCGCCGAAAUGGAUGCUGCUUACAAGCGAGCCAUAGCUGACUGGCAGCCCAAGAAGUACAACGAUGAAGAUCUGGUCCAGGAGAUCGACACCACUAUACACGUCGAGCGAGCUGCUGCCAAGCAAAGAGAAGAAGUGCGCUCUAAGCACUUUCCUCCACUCACUUCUACAACUACGCUUGCGCAUCAGCAGCACUCCAACCCCAGUCAGCAAGCUUCGCAGCUCGCCCGUUUCAGACCCAUCGAACAGCUCAAUGCCAGUCCACUCGUUCCGGCCUCCUCCUCACCCGCCCACACCCAUCGGGAAGAACCGGUAGACGACUCGGUACCAUACCCUCCUGGCUUUGAGUACAACGACGGCCACGACGAAUUUGACGACGGCAGCUUCCAAGAAUGGACUGCGGCGGACUACGACGGCCUCGAGAUGCAUCCUGCGAAGAAAGGUGUGCCGCGCGCUCAAGCAGACAUUGGCUCGUUUCCUAUGCCUCCACCAUUCAUGUCACGCACACUCAUGACUCGCUGA